UUUUUUUUCUCCUUCCCUCCUCUUCAGUAGUUGCUCAGGGGUUUUGUGUUUUCAGACUCUGAACACACAUGUUCAGAAGUUAGAGCAGCCUUUAUCCAUUUUCUUUUAAAAAAUGAAAACCAUUUAACUUAUAUGCAUUAGUAUUUUUUUAAUUAGGCAUACUUUUAUCCAAUUUGGAUGCAGAUGAACGUCUCCUUUCAUGUCUUUUGCAUAAAUACAUUGUGGGACGUUUGAUUUGCAUGUUUGGGAAUACAAAUUUGUUGGAUAAAAGGUAAAAAAGGACGACAUUAUCAUCAUCCUGAUCCUUGUCCUCAGGCAAACUGGAACAGCAUCACCUGCCAGGCAUCCAAGGACAGAAACCAUGAAAGACACCAACGGUGGAUACGAGAACCAGCUAUUCAAAGAUGAGGACUUCAUGGGAGAGGAGGAAGAAAUGCCUUCAUUUAGAGGUCGUUCAAGAGUUGGCUGUGUGAGAUGCCAGCAAAGCCACUCUCUCCAGCUGGCUGUCAAGGUCCUCUAUGGUUUUGUUGCUUUCCUCAUCAUAACUGUUGCAGUUCUGGCAUCACUAGUGUUCAAAAAGGUGGACAAUUUGUCUGAAGAGGAAUCGGCGCACAACAAGAAGAUUGCAAAAGUUCAAGAAGGAAUAGAGGAUCUGAGGUCUGUGUCGAACAGUUCAGACUGCCUGGAUGUCUCAUUUUACAGUGAAGAGAUCAGCAGGCUAAAGAGAGAAUUUGAAGACAUUCAGAAGAUGAUACUGGGUCAAGAGCAGUUUCUGGAUCAGGCAUCCCAAACCCAAACCACUAUAAAAGCAACAAGCAACCAGCUAACACGGGAAGUCCAAAACCACCUCAUGUCGCUCAAACUCCUCAACCAAUCUCUGGAGAGAUUCACCAAUCAGGUGCAGGGUUGGAAGGAGGUGAUUGAUGAAACAGAAGAAAAGAUGAAAACUUUAACAGAGGAUCAGUACGACGUAAAAGCAACGGCGCAACAAGUCAACACAACAGUAGCACUCAGCACAAUGUGGAUCGAUGCCCUCCAAAAAAAAGCAGAUGAAGAGACUGCCGUCCUACAGACGUUGACGAAUAAUUUGCAGAACUACACUCGAGUUUUGAGCGCUAUCAAAUCCAACACCAGCAACACCUCCCAAAAAAUGCGCUCCCUUCAGGGCACAAUCAUAAUAGACCAGCAGAAAAUGGCAAUGUUCUCGGAUGUGAUCCACGACCUCACACAACAGGUUAUGAACCUCCAGAUGCAGCUCGACAACGUGACGUCGCUAAUGGAUGAAAACGAGGAAAACAUGCAUGAUCUUCAGUAUCACUCCAGGUACUACGAGAAUCGGACAGGUGAGCGUUUCUCAGCUUUAGAUGGCCGUUUGAACUCCAUCGAGAUGGAGAUUGAAACCAUCGCCUCAAGCGUCAACGCCACGGUCAGCCACGUCCAGAGCAUGUACAAGUACAUCAACGUGGAGAGCUCCUCCUGCAAGAGUCGCCUGGGCAGACACACCGAAGACCUACAGAACAUGAACACCACCGUUUUCUUACUUCUCAACUUGGCCAGCACUCUGAAGCAGCAGAACAUGCUGCUGAAUGUUCGGCUAGACAUGGAUGUGAGGAAUCUGUCGAUGGUGAUGGAGGAGAUGAAGCUGGUUGAUGUUUUUCACUCCAACCUCAUAAAUAAUUUCACUGUUCUUAAAGGCGCUCCUGGGCCACCUGGGCCCAUAGGAAACCGUGGUGAGACUGGCCCAAAAGGACCCAUGGGCCUUACUGGCAGUAAAGGUGACAGAGGCCCUAUAGGAGGCCGUGGAACCAUUGGCGUAAAGGGUGCUCUUGGUGUUAGAGGAUCACCAGGAGAACCGGGCUCUAUUGGCAGCAGAGGGCCCCCAGGUCUAAAAGGAGCCAAGGGGUCAAUCGGUCUUCCAGGCCCCAAAGGGGAAAGGGGCCAGAAAGGGGAUUUGGGGCCCUCUGGUUCUGAUGGCAUCCCUGGAGUUGAAGGACCUCCAGGAAUCCAGGGCCAUGUAGGACUACCAGGUAUCAUUGGACCUCCAGGACCGAGAGGAAAAUCUGGGCCAACAGGACCUCCUGGACCACCAGGUACACCUGGACCUCCUGGCUUACCGUACAGGCAUGAGCCUCAGCAACAAACCGUGAUGCCUGCUGCUGGCUCCAAGAGACAGUAACUCUGAAUGAAGAGUCUGAGUUUGAUGUUUUCAUACGUAGAAGCUGAGGAAUGACCAUUCUGGAACUAAAAUACUGAUUUUCAUUGAAGACACACAAGAAUUCAUUCAUUGGAUUGUGCAAAGCCAUGAAGACUAAAUAAAAAGUACAGCACACCGGCUUCACAAUGGAAUUUGACAAAACGUGGUGAUGAUGAAUGGAAUAAGGAAGACCAAAGCAGCUUUCUAUGGACUCAACUAUUGAGUAAAAUAUUAUCUUUUUCGAUUUGUAUGCUUGAGUUUUUUAUAUGGCACAUGUGUAUCAACCAGAUUAACUAAAAAUGAUCAUCUUACUAGGUCUUUAUUUCAGAAUGUACCAGAAUAAAAGAAUGUGACAUAGAGGUUUGUUAAGCCAAAAAAAACAUUUAAAAAUAGGAUGGCAACCAUGAAUUAGGAAAGAAUGAAAUUAUUUACUUAUUUACUAUAAACAGAAAGAUGUCCAAUUUGAAGCACUUUAUUAUCUCUAAAACGUGAAACCUAAAGAGAUUUCAGAGCGGGAACUCUGAAAACAAUUUUAUUAACUUGUUGGUUUGUAAAGAAAAUGAAGAAAUCAAAUUCAGUUUGUUUUCUUUUUUGAAGAUAUAUUUUUCAUAUAUUACAGCUUGUGAGGUGACACUGACUAGCAAUAAAUAAACAAUUGGGUUUCUCAUGGAAACAACAUGCAUUUAAGAGCCAUUUCAUGUGCCAACUGAAAUUUUCUCACAAGUACAAGAAAGUUUUAGGUGUUCACAGGAAUGUACCAUGUUAUGAUCAGAUAUCUUCUCGUUGUGAAUUUAAUGGCUGCACAAUGACAUCAGACUUCCAGAAAACAUUAAAUAUAAUUGAUAAUGUGACCUAAAAUGUCAAACAUAAGGUAAACGGUAAAAGUUCAAGUUGGACACCACUGAAUAAUGCGGUUUCUCUGCGUAAACUGAACAAAGAAAUGGCAGUGAAGAGUAGUGCUACAUUGAGGAAACAGUUGAUUUUAUUUUAGGUUGAUUGGAGUGCUGGAAAGCAGAAGACAGUCAUCUUCACUAUCGCCUGGUAAGCGCUCCCCCACACAAACUUAUCAACUUUUAUGAUGUUUUAUGACACUAGUUCCUCUGUUGGUGAUCAUUUGAAAGGUCUGUGGAUUGCUAAAUUUAAGGAAAAUACGUAAACAAAGACGUAAGGAGCACAGCUAAGCUAGCUCUGCCAUCUUGCUUGAUGACGAAUACUUGGUGGAAACGGGCGUCAGCUCCAGUGACGUGUGGCUUAAGUAAAAAUAAGAAAAUGUAUUUGUCCACUUGAAUUUUCCAUAAAAUGCUUUUCUUAUUUUGUUUUUCAAAAUUUUGCGGGUCAAAAUCGCUGAAUUUACGCAUUGCCUGUUAAAAUACAUGAAAAAAAGACCCGGAUGAGGCAGUGCUGUGCCUCGCCUCUGGGGGCAGUGCUGAGUCCCAUAGACACAACGAGCAACCUGUGCUCUUUUUCUACGCAUCUAGAAGACUGGAAACAGUCGGAGAAAUAAUAUACAGACGGAGCAGAACCGCCGAAGGCCAGUCUUUGGCUGCCAGAAUUGUGAAAAUUAAAGAAAAAUGGGGAACAAGGACUUUUUAAAAACAAAUAUUUGUGGAGAAGGAUAGAGGCUUGGACGUCAUAUAAAAUAAAGGUAAGAUCGUACAUGAUUUUCAAUUUAAA